GUUAAUUCAGUCAGUGUCAACCUAAAAAUCAUUUUCUUUAGUUUUCAAAAUUUUCGCCUCGCACGAUGUUCCAUUCCAUGUUUUGAAUCAAAAUUCCUGUAUUUCGUCAAAUGCAGAUAUAUUGGUACUUGAUGCCAAUUUGCUGUGCUGCGAAUUAUUUUGAUUUGCCUUCGAUUCCGAGCGUCCGAUCCAAGCAGCUUAUAUGAAUCCUUUGCUCACGUUAGCCGCUUUCAAAGCAUUUACGAAAUUCACCGCUGGGAAAUGUACAAGCAACAAGUGCCUCGUCGGCAAGACGGCCAUCGUCACCGGUUGCACUUCAGGCAUUGGCUACGAAACCACCAAACAGCUGGCAUCACGCGGAUGCAGAAUCUACUUCAAUGGAUUACUUAACCUCAACGAGGACAUCAUGAACUUACUACGUUAUGCAUUCAACAAUCAAGAGCUAUACUAUCAUCAGUUGAAUUUGUCUUCUUUCAAGAGUGUACGCACGUUUUGCGAUUAUUUCAAAAAGUAUGAAACCAAGCUGGAUAUUCUUAUUCACAAUGCUGAAGGGAUGGGCCACCCACGCGUCAUUACCAGUGAUAACGUCCUACACGUCAUGCAAGUCAAUCAUUUAAGUCCCUUUCUUAUGACUCAUUUAUUGCAAGAUCAGCUGAAAGCCUCCGAAGGAAGUCGGAUUAUAUUUGUGGGUAAUGUCAUUGCUUAUUUCGGAACAAUGUGGCGGCCAAACAGUCUUAACAGUGUGGAGAAUUCCGAUAACAAACUGAUGAAUCUCUUGGAUUUUUACAACAGCAAAUGUUGUCAGAUGGUUACUGCCAGCAUGAUAGCCAAAAAAUUGCGGCCACACAAUAUCACGUGUAAUGUCGUGUAUCCCGGUUGGGUCGAUAUUGAAGACCGGAAAGUUCACAAUAAUGUUCAAGCCGGUAAUUGGUAUUAUGACACGUGCAAGAUUAUUUUAGAUGCAUGGAUUUAUAUUUAUGGCAAAACAAGAUUAGAAGGGGCGCAAAUGGCAUUACAUGCUGCUCUAGCACACGAACUUGCUCAUACAACCGGAAGAUUUAUCAUUGAUAACCAGGUCAUUCCUUUGCCCUAUUACACUCAUCGGAAAGAGUUCUGUGAGGCCAUAUGGGAACUAUCCGAGUCAUUAAGUAAACUUCGCCCGGAAGAAAAAUACGAGUUCAGCGUGACACGUUCCGAUGUUCUGACGUUUAAGAUGAAUGCGUUAUUAGCGCUGGGUGCCCUCAAAGUGUAUCUGAAAUGGUCAUCGGGUUGGUGCACCGAAACCAUUGCCCAGACCGGGAAAACCGCUUUGAUUCUAGGCGCUAGUAAACAUCCAGGUUAUGAAAUUGCUGAAAAUUUAGCUGGGCGUGAUUGUCGUAUCAUCAUUGCGGACGAUGACAAGCUUGAUAGUACCCGCGAUAAGAUUAUUGAAUCCACGGGGAACCCGAAGGUAGAAUACAAGUAUGUCAACCUGUACAAGUUGCAGAGUGUGCGUAAUCUCGCGGAGGAUUUGAAGAAAAAUGAACCUCAACUGAACAUGUUGAUUUUUACUGACCACGUGUCGGGGCUGGACCAGAAACCAACCGAGGACGGUUAUCUUAAAGUAGUGCAGUAUAAUCAUUUAGCUCCAUUUUUAUUAACCUAUGAGUUGACAGAUUUAUUGAAGAAGACUGUCAACAGUCGAGUAAUUUUUCGAAGUAACAUUUUGUCAUAUAUGCAUAAAAUCUACUCACCCGCUGACAUCAACCGAUCGCCCACCAAUCGUAGUCAACUUUUGCAUGACUUCUUCGAAUACAGCAAUAGUAGUGCGCUCACAUUAAUGACAAUGAAGUGUUUUGCCGACAUGUUAUCCGAACAUCGGGUAUACUGCUGCGCUGUACAUCCAGGUUUCAUGAACAUGACCUUGUUUGAUAUCACCAAGGAUGUUGAGUGGAACAAGAAGAAUGCAAUUUCUUCACUAAUAUUUGGAAAAGCCAUUCCGUCAUUUCUCAAAUUUUUUGGCAAGAACAAUCUAGAAGGAGCCCAGACUGCAAUCUAUGCAGCUGUGACACCAGAAGAACGCGAAAUUGCUGGAAAAUUCCUCGCUGAUUGCAAGAUGAUCAUGCAGCCACCUUCAGCCCAGAUGCGCUUGUUCCGAACGAAAAUUUUUGAUGAGACUAAACGCAUGGUCUUGGCUCAAAAUAAAAUCUCAAAGCCACCGUCCAGUAUGAUGCCCCCAAUGAAAGUCCAAGAGUCAUCUAUGCCCAUUUCUGAUAUUCACAAAACUCCUCCACCUUCCCAAGGUCUUCCAAACCAACCGGAAACUACUAUGGACGAGGAGAGUAAAAAAAUGAGUGAUAGAAGCGUUCAGAAACGAAGUUCCGCUGCUAAAUCUUAAACCCUCAAAGGUUCAAUUAUUCCAUAAAAAAAAUCAUCCAAAUUGCAUGUUCAUAUU